UAUAAAAGUCAGAUAUCUACCGACAUUCGUCAGAGUUACUCGUGUAAAAAUGAAUGUUUUAAUAUUUUUAUUAUUUAUUUAUGGAUCUUGGGCUCUACCAAGAUUGGAUCCGUUAGUAGACACUAAGAAAGGUCUGAUCAGAGGUGUGCAGGCUACAGAUGGGGACUACGCUAUGUUUAUGGGGAUACCAUACGCAAAAGUCAAUGAAAGUAACCCUUUCGGGGCUGCUGUCCCAUAUCCUGAUUUCAAAGAGACAUAUCUAGCUAACGACGAUACAUCGAUAUGCAUACAAAAUCAACAAAGAACUAAAGAAGUAACUGGUUCUUUAGACUGUUUAAAAUUAAAUAUAUACGUUCCUAACUCAGCUAACACAAGAAACAAGUUACCCGUCUUAUUUUGGAUCCACGGCGGUAGAUUCCAGCAUACAAGUGGAGGACGACGUCAAUACGGACCUAAAUAUUUAGUCAAAAAAGAUAUUAUCCUAGUAACUAUUAAUUAUAGAGUGGGUUUAUACGGUUUUAUGUGUUUAGAUACACCUGAAGUACCAGGUAAUCAAGGCUUGAAGGACCAAUUGCGUGCGUUACGAUGGGUUAAAGAAAAUAUCGAUUCUUUCGGUGGUGAUGUUAAUAAAAUAACGAUAUUUGGAUCCAGUGCUGGUGGUGUGUCUGUUGAUUAUCAUUUAUUAUCUAAACAGGAGAAAAUAUUCGAUAAAGCGAUAACACAGAGUGGGACUAGCUUAGCGCCUUGGGCUUUUAUUGACUCUGAUAGGACCUUACCUAUAAGGAUAGCUGAGAAACUAGGCGUGGUAAUAAAUGAUAGUGAGCAAGCGGUGGAAUAUCUAUCUAAUUUAGAUCCUAAAACAGUUGUUGCAGCUAGUUUAGAUUUAUCAGUAACUUACAGACCUUGUAUUGAGAAAGAAUUUGAAGGAAUCGAAAGUUUUAUAACAGAUUACCCUGUUAAUACACCUAUACCGAAAGUAAAAGAUACACCGAUAUUAAUAGGUUAUAAUAAUUUGGAGAAACUAUUUGAAUAUGCAAAUAAACUACCUGAAGAGUAUAAUGAAGAUGUUUUUGUGAAUAAUUUGAAUUUAGCUUUUAAUGCAGUUGAUGAGAAAUUGGUGAAAAUAGCAAGAAAUUUCUACAUAGGUGAUGAAGAUGUUAGUAUUGACGUGAAAUAUGAUUUAGCGGAGUUCGAUUCUGAUUUUACAUUCAUACAUCCGAUACAUAGAAGUAUACCUAAAUAUCUAGAGAAUGGUGGUAAAGUUUUUUAUUACGUUUUUAAAUAUGGAGGUGGUAGGAAUUACGCUAAACUGAGAGAGAAUAUAACAGGACCGGGGGCCAUACAUUCUGAUGAGAAAGGAUAUUUAUUCGAUAUGGCAGUACUUCCUGAGACACCAACGGUAGAAGACCAGGCAAUAAUAGAUAAAAUGACAACGAUGUGGACCAAUUUUGUUAAAUACGGAGAUCCCACACCAGAAACGUCAGAUUUACUUCCUGUUAAAUGGAUUGCGGUCACAGAAGAUGCAUUGAAUUAUUUAGAAAUAGACAGCGAGCAGACAUUAAAGAAACGUCCCAUACACGCACGGAUGGCAUUCUGGGAUUUAUAUUAUAAAAUGAAUAAAGAGCAUUUGAAGGGUUACAGGAAUACUGAAUUGUAAUUUAUAUUAAAUGAUUUUGUACGUUA